GCGGCACGGCGACAGCAUGUCCAAGCCGGUGGACCACGUCAAGCGCCCCAUGAACGCCUUCAUGGUGUGGUCGCGGGCUCAGCGGCGUAAGAUGGCCCAGGAGAACCCUAAGAUGCACAACUCCGAGAUCAGCAAGCGCCUGGGCGCCGAGUGGAAGCUGCUCACCGAGUCGGAGAAGAGGCCGUUCAUCGACGAGGCGAAGCGCCUGCGAGCCAUGCACAUGAAAGAGCAUCCAGACUACAAGUACCGGCCCCGGCGCAAGCCCAAGACGCUGCUCAAGAAGGACAAGUUUGCCUUCCCGGUGCCUUACGGCUUGGGCGGCGUGGCGGACGCCGAGCAUCCGGCGCUCAAGGCGGGAGCCGGGCUGCACGCGGGCGCGGGAGGAGGCCUGGUCCCCGAGUCCCUGCUCGCCAACCCGGAGAAGGCGGCCGCCGGGGGGCACACGCACUCGCACCCCAGCCCGGGCAACCCGGGCUAUAUGAUCCCGUGCAACUGCAGCGCGUGGCCCAGCCCCGGGCUGCAGCCGCCGCUCGCCUACAUCCUGCUGCCAGGCAUGGGCAAGCCUCAGCUGGACCCCUACCCCGCGGCCUACGCGGCCGCGCUAUGACCCCGCGGGGCCCACCCGCGAGGACCUGAGUGCGCACGUGUACAUAUGUAUAGGUACGAGACUGGCGGCCUUCCGAUGCGCCCUCGGGCGACCGGGGGCCCGGUUUGUAUGUACAUAGAUGUAUAGGUGUCGGGCAGAGGCGGAGAUGCCAGCCAGCCGUGGCUUGAGUGGCCGAGCGCUCGAGGGCGCGAGCGAGAGUGUGCGUGUGGAUUCUAGGAUCCCUUCCCAGCAGCACUUCUGCAGCCAGCUUUAAGAGCGAGGUUGUGUGCCUCCGCCAGCUCGGUGUUCGCUUUGCACUUCGGAACCUGUUGCGUUUACCCAUACAGGUGGGUGGGAGGAGAAACUUUAACACAACGGUGGGCUUUCCCGUUUUGUUGUUUGGAUUUUUUGCUUUUGUGUGUGUGUGUGUGUCUCAUCGAUCCUCCCUCCCGGUCCUCCUCGGUCUGUGUUGCAUGCACCCGGUUCUGACGUUAGGUUUGAAAAAUGUGGCAAAGGGGAGAGUUGAUGACCUGUCCUUAGGUUCUUAGAGAAGGGUGGCUCCGGACAGCCGUCCUCUGCCCGUACUGUUUGAACCCUGCAGAACUCUGCAGACCCCACACCGGAUCUGCUCCUGACCAGUGACCGGCUCGAAUCUGGCCUUUGUAUGGGAGAUGAUCACCGUUUCUUUUGUUUCAUCCCGCAUGCAAAUAAAAGCGGGAGCUCUUUUUUCUUUUCUUUUUCUUUCUUCCCCAAGAAAAAGAAAUGCAAGAAAAAAAAUCUGUGCGGGUGGAAGUUGUCAGUUGGAUAUUCUGCCCCUGGAAAAUCUACUAGAAGUCUCCCCGAGUCCACUGGCUUGGACUUGUGACGAGGUUUACGAAAGUAUGGAAAGCUCGCAUGCUGGUUUCCCCUCAUGGCUGAGUUCACCUCAAGACUGUAAAUGUGUGUAUGUCAAUGAAAACAUUGAGUCUUAGAAAAUGUGUUAUUCUCGUUGCCCUAAAUUUGAGUCGGUUUUAGACUCAAAAACAGAAAAGAAAAAAAAAACAUGUUGAGCAAAUGUCAAAGUUAACUUUUAAGAAUUGCGGAACUAUUUUAGAAUCGCAAUUUUAUCUAAGAUUAAAUCAGACGUUUUUGUCUGGGUCGUAACUAUAUAUUUAUUACUUAGCAAAACUGGAAAAGAAAAACAGAAAGAAAGCACAGAAUUGUUUUUAAAGAUGCCUCAUUGUCAUCUAGCAUUCCUCUGGCACGCGCUGUUUAAUGUGUUUUUCGGAGUUCCCUUUCCGAAUAGCUUAUUUUCUAGACCGCCUGCAAUUCACUUGCUAAUUCUGAUGAAAUACAUUUUAGGGGAAAAAAAUCCUCAAAUUAUAGCGUUUUCCUUUUUAAAUGUAUAUAUUUUGACUAAUGUUUGUGAAUGAAGUUGCUAACAUGUAUUUAGUUUCAUUUUGGCUUUAUGUAAGAUAAAGUUUUAAAAGUUUAAUUAUUGGUUUUAACUUUUAUGUGUAAAUGGAUUUCUUGUGCGAUCUUCUAAUUUAAUAUUAGAUGUGUCUAAGCUAUAUCUGUAAAUUAGAAUCUUACUAUCACUCUGUUCAUUUUUUUUGAACAAAGAGUUUAAAUAAAGCCUGAACCAGGGAAAAGA